CACACGGCCACCGUAGGGGACGGUAUCAAGCUCGCGUUGCAUUGUGGGAAACUUGCCGACAGUAAUCAUGGCGGAUCCCUUCGGAGACGGUCUCUUCAGCGUGUUUGACGACGAACAGCAACCUACUUCGAGUAAAAAGCCACCGUCCUCGACUGCUCUAGUAACAGGGAAAGCAGCGGGUCAAAAUAACGACAGCGAUGUUCGCCAGGCCACCAAGACCAAGAGGGAGCAGGACAGUGACGGAGGAGAGGAGCUGGGCUUGGGGAAGAAGCCUCGCAUUGACACCGUCUCUGCUAAUGACAUAAACCUUGCAGAAUUUAUGCCCCAAGUCAAAGUGGAGCAAGUGGAGACGGUGGAAGGUUGUUCACAUGAGGUUGCGUUACCUUCCAGUGAUGAAUACAAACCUCUCAAACCUCGAGUAGGGAAGGCGGCCAAGGAGUACCCUUUUAUUCUGGACCCGUUCCAGCGUGAGGCCAUCUUGUGCAUUGACAACAACCAGUCUGUGCUCGUCUCUGCCCACACCUCAGCUGGAAAGACCGUCUGCGCAGAGUACGCCAUUGCGCUUGCCCUCAGGGAGAAGCAGCGAGUGAUCUUCACCAGCCCCAUUAAGGCUCUGUCUAAUCAGAAGUACAGAGAGAUGUACGAAGAGUUCCAGGAUGUGGGAUUGAUGACUGGUGACGUUACCAUCAAUCCCACCGCCUCCUGUCUCGUCAUGACAACAGAGAUCCUGAGGAGCAUGCUGUACCGCGGCUCGGAGAUCAUGAGGGAAGUGGCGUGGGUCGUCUUUGACGAGAUCCAUUACAUGAGAGACGCGGAGCGUGGCGUCGUGUGGGAGGAGACCAUCAUCCUGCUCCCUGACAACGUGCAUUACGUCUUCCUGUCGGCCACCAUCCCCAACGCCAGACAGUUUGCAGAGUGGAUAUGUCACCUUCACAAACAGCCAUGCCAUGUGGUCUACACAGACUACCGUCCCACCCCGCUGCAACACUAUAUAUUUCCAGCAGGGGGCGAUGGACUCCACCUUGUGGUGGAUGAAAACGGAGACUUCCGGGAAGACAACUUCAACACAGCCAUGCAAGUUUUAAGAGACACUGGGGAUUCCGGGAGCAACACUGGGGCCAAGUGGGACCCGAAAGGACGCAAAGGGGGAACAAAAGGUCCUUCCAGUGUUUUCAAGAUAGUUAAAAUGAUCAUGGAGAGGAACUUCCAGCCCGUCAUCAUCUUCAGCUUCAGUAAGAAAGAAUGCGAGGCCUACGCUCUGCAGGUGGCCAAACUGGACUUCAACAAGGAUGAAGAGAAGCGACUGGUGGAGGAAGUGUUCAACAACGCAGUGGACUGUCUAUCAGAUGAAGACAAGAAGCUUCCACAGGUGGAGCACGUACUGCCGCUUUUGAAGAGAGGGAUCGGAAUCCAUCAUGGAGGUCUGCUGCCCAUCCUAAAGGAAACCAUUGAAAUUCUCUUCUCCGAAGGCCUGCUGAAGGCCCUGUUUGCAACAGAGACCUUCGCCAUGGGCAUCAACAUGCCAGCGCGCACUGUGCUCUUCACCAGCGCCCGCAAGUUUGAUGGCAAGAAUCACCGUUUUAUUACCUCAGGUGAGUACAUCCAGAUGUCAGGGCGUGCGGGCAGAAGAGGAAUGGACGACCGAGGCAUCGUUAUCUUCAUGGUGGACGAGAAGAUGAGCCCGUCUGUGGGCAAACAGCUCCUGAAGGGCUCAGCAGAUCCUCUCAACAGCGCCUUCCACCUGACCUACAACAUGGUGCUCAAUCUGCUGCGUGUGGAGGAGAUCAACCCCGAGUACAUGCUGGAGAAGUCCUUCUACCAGUUCCAACACUACCGAGCGCUGCCGGGCGUCGUGGAACGGAUCAAGAAGCUGGAGAAGGAGUACCACAGCAUCGAGAUCCCCAACGAGGACACCGUGGUCACCUACUUUAAAAUCCGCCAGCAGCUGGCCAAACUGGGCAAAGAGAUCCAAGAAUUCAUCCACAAACCCAAAUACUGUUUGCCCUUCCUGCAGCCGGGGAGGCUCAUCAAGGUCCAAAGUGAAGACGCCGACUUUGGUUGGGGGGUGGUGGUCAACUUCUGCAAAAAGUCCAACGUAAAGGUCAGCACCGACUCCGAGCCGCUCUUCGUGGUGGAGGCGUUGCUGCACUGCAGUAAAGACAGCGUCAAGGAGGCGGCCACCGAGGCGGCCAAACCCGCCCCUCCAGGCCAGGUUGGGGAGAUGCAGGUGGUCCCGGUGAUGCUGCACCUGCUCACGUCCAUCAGUUCUGUCCGUCUUUACAUCCCCAAAGACCUGAGACCUUUCGACAACCGCCAGCUGAUGCUCAAGUCCAUUCAGGAGGUCCAGAAGCGUUUCCCAGACGGCGUUCCUCUCCUGGACCCCAUCGACGACAUGGGCAUCAAAGAUCCGGGAUUGAAGAAGGUCAUUCAGAAAGUGGAGGCCUUUGAGCACCGCAUGUACUCUCACCCGCUGCACAGCGACCCCGACCUGGAAGCGGUCUACUCUCUCUGUGAGAAGAAAGCCGUGCUGGCCGCAGACGUGCGCAUGGCCAAGCGCGAGCUGAAGAAAGCUCGCACCGUCCUGCAGAUGGACAAACUCAAGUGCAGGAAGCGAGUCCUGCGACGCCUCGGCUUUGCCAGCCCCUCCGACGUCAUCGAAAUGAAGGGGCGGGUUGCGUGUGAAAUCAGCAGCGCCGACGAGCUCCUGCUGACAGAGAUGGUGUUCAACGGCCUCUUCAACGACCUCACAGUGGAACAAUCCACCGCGCUGCUGUCCUGCUUCGUCUUCCAGGAGAACGCUAGCGAGUUGCCAAAACUAACGGAACAACUUGCGGCGCCUCUCCGGCAAAUGCAGGAGUGUGCCAAGCGCAUCGCCAAGGUGUCCGCGGACGCCAAGCUGGAAGUGGACGAGGACUCGUACCUGGGCCAGUUCAAGCCUCACCUCAUGGACGUGGUGUACGCGUGGGCCAACGGUGCCACCUUCGCCCAGAUUUGCAAGAUGACCGACGUCUUUGAAGGAAGUAUCAUUCGCUGCAUGCGCCGCCUUGAGGAGGUGCUUAGGCAAAUGUGCUCAGCCGCCAAAGCUAUCGGCAACACGGAGCUGGAGAACAAGUUUGCCGAAGGAAUAACCAAGAUCAAGAGGGACAUCGUCUUUGCUGCUAGUCUCUACUUGUAAGGAGACCCUUGUUGAACAGACGCCAUCAUCCAUUUGUGUGAUCACAGCUUGAAUGGACCCAAUUGCCCUUGAAUGCAGCUCGUCACAUGACCUCUGGACCACAGCCUCGUUUUAAAAUGAUUUGAUUUGAAAGCUUCACUAUCAGUCAUUUCAUUAAGCCGUUCAAGUUUUUUUUUUAAAUCAUGCUUCAAGGAAAAAUUACACGUUUUGUUAGUGUUAAUAAGUGAAAUGGCUUUAUUUUUCCUUUUCUUGUUUUAGACAUUUGUACAUAUUUAACUUUUUUCAAUAAAAGUCUGUAUGCUAAACAGAUGACAUACAGAUGAGACAAACAUACAUAGUGGU